CAUACGAACACAAACUCAUAGAUAAGAAACAACUAGCAGCAAGCAGCUCUCUCUCCCUCUCUCUCUCUCAAUGGCGAUUCUCUCUACCUCAACACUACUCUCGCCUAAAUUAAGUACCUUAUCCUAUCUUCCGCCUCCGGCGACUUGCUUCUACUCUCUCCGAUCUGCUCUCCGUCGUCCACCGCCGUCGUUCGCGGUGGUGCUGUGCGCUUCUAAUGCCACGAGAGGCGUCGCCGAAUUAGUCGCGGAUAAACAGUCCUCUCUCUCCUCGCAUCCUCGCACAUUUCUUGAUGCGCGCUCCGGUGAAGAACUAAUUUCUGGAAUUCAAAGAGAGAAGGAAGCUGGAAUGCUGCCUUCACAUGUUGCUCAUGGAAUGGAGGAGUUAUACCACAAUUAUAAAGACGCGGUUUUUCAAAGUGGAGUUCCAAAUGCUGAAGAUAUUGUUUUGUCUAACAUGGCUGUUGCAUUGGAUCGUAUCUCCAAUGUUGUGAAGGACCCAUUUCUCUUCUCACCUUAUCAUGAAGCCAUUCGAGAACCGUUUGACUACUACACGUUUGCUCAAGAUUAUAUCCGUCCGCUGAUCAAUUUUGGGCAUUCGUAUGUGGGAAAUAUCUCUCUUUUCAGUGAAAUGGAAGAAAAACUUCGGCAGGGUGACAAUGUAAUCUUGAUUUCCAACCAUCAAACGGAAGCAGAUCCGGCUGUAAUCGCGUUGCUUCUUGAAUCCACACAUCCUUAUAUUGGGGAGGGCGUGACUUAUAUAGCAGGAGACAGAGUAGUAACAGAUCCGCUUUGCAAGCCCUUCAGUAUGGGCAGAAAUCUCUUGUGCGUGUAUUCAAAGAAGCACAUGAAUGAUGAUCUUGAGCUUGUAGACAUGAAAAAGAGAGCAAACACAAGGAGUCUAAAGGAGAUGGCUUUGUUACUAAGGAGUGGCUCAAAAAUAAUAUGGAUUGCGCCAAGUGGUGGACGUGAUCGUCCUGAUCCUGUUACAAAAGAAUGGUUUCCGGCAACCUUUGAUGCUUCUUCAGUAGACAACAUGAGAAGGCUAAUGUUACAUGCUGGUCGUCCCGGUCAUAUAUAUCCAGUAGCUCUACUUUGCCAUGAUAUCAUGCCUCCUCCGGCGCAGGUUGAGAAAGAAAUUGGAGAAAGACGAGUUAUUGCUUUUCAUGGGACUGGAUUAUCAAUUGCACCCCCUAUUGAUUUUAAUAAAAUCAGUGAUGGGUGUGAGAAUCCCGAAGAGGCUAAAGUGGCAUAUUCACAGGCACUCUAUGACUCUGUUAAUCAACAAUACAAUGUGCUAAGAUCUGCUAUACAUGGCAAACAAGGUCUAGCUGCAUCAAUUCCUACCGUUUCGUUGUCACAACCAUGGCAAUAGUCCAUACUGCGAGAACCUCUUAUGUACUCCUUCAUAACCAGGCUUGAUGAUCUUGACAUUGUAUAGCUCUUGGACACAAACCUGAUCAAGGUUCAACCCAAAGGUGCUACGGCUUUUAUUGCACAGUGGCGGUUAGAACCUUCAGUCAAGCUUCUUAAAGACUCUCCUUACAAACCAGUUUUACUUGAAUAGGUAUAAUACUAGUCGCUUAGUGUACAGAUUUGUCUUACUUCUUGUAGUUUAUUGUGAAGAUGUAUAAAAUUAAAAACCUGGGUAUAAGUGUAAUAGAAUAUGUUUAAAAAAGAAGAAAAACAGGUUUAAGAAAAGAAAAAAAUCACCUCAGUUGAAGAAAACAUAUGCAACCAAUCGUUUUUAUGU